AUGGCUAUCCGUCGCUGGGGAGGCUGGAGGCCCGACAAUUUGGGUCGCGGAUUGGCCAAUACCAUGCGUACCAACUAUCACCUUGGGUUCACGGCAUUUGGUGGCCCACCAGUUCAUUUCAAGAUUUUUCAUGAUAAAUUCGUUCAAAAGCUGCAAUGGAUCGACGAACAGACUUAUCAAGAAUUAUUCAGUGUCUGCCAGGCCACAUCCGGUCCGGGCAGCACCAAGAUGCACUACUGCAUCAACCUGAUCCAUGACGGCUUCCUUUCCGCCCUGCUGGGCUUUCUGAUCUGGAGCUUGCCCGGCGCCCUGGGAAUGUAUGGCCUCUCGAUCGGCGUCUCCAACAUUGGAGAUUCGCUCCCUCGCAUCGCAUACGCUCUGCUCUCCGGUCUAAACGCUUCGACCGUAGGCAUCAUCGCCGUGGCCGCUGUGCAGCUGUCAGAAAAGGCCAUCACCGACAACAUCACCCACAUGCUCGUCUUCCUGGGCGCGGCCGCCGGCAUCAUGUACAAUGCGCUGUGGUACUUUCCUCUUUUGAUAGUCCUGGGCGGCCUCGCAACCGUCAUCCACGACUACCGCUGGCUUCAUGGGCCCAUCAAAGCCGUGGUGGGCGUGUUCAAAAAGCCCCGGAGACACGUGGAGGAGCCCGAGUCCCUGAACCUCCCAGAGGCUCAACGGGUGGAGCAUGACGCCGCCAGCACUGUCGGCCCCUCGGGCACCGCAAGAGAGCGCCAGACGGGGAGCCAGCAGAGACCGGCCAGCGGCGAAUCCCUACCCGUCACUGAAGACGAGCGGCUGCAGACCGAGACGGAGCCAAGGACCGUCCCACAGGACCGCGUGCUCAACUUCUCCUGGGCCUUUGGCCUUGGCAUCAUCAUCGCUUUCCUGCUGACGUUCAUCGUGGUCAUGGUCCUGCGCGGCGUCCUCCCUGACAAACCACUCCUAUUCAGCCUCUUUGGAAACCUGUACCUCGCCGGAACGAUCAUUUUCGGCGGCGGACCCGUCGUUAUUCCACUGCUAAGCGAGUACGUCGUCGCCGAGGGUUGGGUGAGCCCCCGCGACUUUCUGAUCGGCCUUGCCAUCCAGCAGAGCUUCCCAGGACCCAACUUCAACUUUGCCGUCUACUUGGGCGCCCUGACGGCCGUCAACGGGGGCUAUCCAUCGGUUGUCGGCGCCGCAAUCGGGUUCUUGGGUAUCUUCAUCCCAGGUUUGACCAUUGUCCAUGGAACUAUGGGCAUAUGGAGCGCGAUCCGGGGCAUCAGGUGGGUCAAGUCGAUGAUCAGGGGCGUCAACGCCGCUGCUGUCGGAUUGGUCUACACUGCGGUCUACCGCCUGUGGCAGAUUGGUUACAUCGAUCAGGGUUUCCAACAGGGCACGAACCUCGGUCAAGAGGCCUGGUGGGUGGUCGUGACGGCGUCCAGUUUUGUCUUUGGCUACUCGUUUGGCGUGGACCCUCCGAUCGUUAUCAUCAUGGGAGCGUUGUUGGGUCUGGUGUGGUACGGCGUUGUGAACGCUUGA